AUGGAGGACACCGACAUCCCGAGUCUCUCCAUCAUUCCGUACGACAAUAAUCGUGAGGUUGUCCUCCGCCACGCAGACACGAUCGUCUAUCGCGAUCCGCGAACAAACCAAUUGGUGCCGUUCCACCAAGAUGUAGAGCGCCGGCCCAGCGAUUGUCCAGCCUGUGGCCGACCUUGGCAUCCUCAGACGGGUUCUUCCUCACCGGAACCCGAGACGAGCUCAAUGGAAGAGCAACCUAGCUUCAUUACACAGGGCUACUUUGACAUGCUCGCACGGAGCCUGCCUGGCUCAAAUGAAACGUCAGCACCGCCCUCCCCGAGACGCCGCAUCGCUCAGCCAGUACGAUCACGUCUCCAUCCUUUGUCGGCUGCGACAUCAGGAACUCCGCCUCCCAAUGCUGAAUUCAUUGCAAGCGCUCCAGUGCCUCCUAGCCAGGCUCACGGCAUCUCCGAGACUGCUUUCUCGCCAAAUUAUUUCGAGAAGUUCUUCGUGGAAGAAAGGGAGCUCGGAAGGGGUGGUAAAGGAGUUGUGCUGCUGGUCAAACAUGUUUUAGACGGCGUUACGCUAGGACGUUUCGCUUGCAAACGCGUACCGAUCGGGGACGAUCAUGCUUGGUUGGAGAAGGUCCUGGUCGAGGUUCAGCUCUUGCAGACACUUUCACAUCAGAAUCUGGUCUCGUACCGGCAUGUCUGGCUGGAAGACUUCCAGAUCAGCAAAUUCGGGCCAAGCGUCCCUUGCGCAUUUAUUCUCCAGCAAUACUGCAACGGCGGAGACAUGCAGAAUUAUGUCCUCGGCUCAGCUCAGGCGUCAACGUCGACCCAGGAACUCAAGGAACGCAUCCGACGGAAGUCCAGAGGAGAGUCAGAGCUACCACGCCGGGCAAAUGAGCCCAAAAAGCUGCAUUUUGAUGAAAUCUACACAUUUUUCAGAGACAUCACCUCUGGUCUGAGGCACCUUCAUCACAAUGGCUUCAUCCACCGGGACUUGAAACCGAGCAAUUGCCUCCUACACACCGUUGGUGGUGAGACUAGAGUACUGGUUAGCGACUUCGGUGAAGUCCAAUACGAAUAUGCGACGCGGAAGUCCACUGGCGCCACAGGAACGAUAUCAUACUGUGCCCCGGAGGUGCUGCGUCGCAUCUCCCCCGGGGGCCCCUUUGAGAAUUUUACGUCCAAGUCAGAUAUCUUUUCAUUGGGCAUGAUCCUGCACUUCCUCUGCUUUGCAAAUCUCCCCUACAGCGCUGCCAAUGUCCUACACGAGGAACGUGAAGACAUUGAUGUGUUGAGACAGGAAAUUACUGCCUGGGAAGGCUUUGACGAUCAGCGCAAGCUACGCCCCGAGUUGCCGGCUGCACUGUAUGCCUUUCUCAAACGACUUUUGUCCCUAGAACCGGAUCAGAGACCUAGUGCCGAUGAUGUACUUCAAGUCGUAUCUUCCGGGAGGCUCGACGAUAUUCCUGCGGCGCGGCGCAGAAGCUCGAUGGAGCCCGAAGAGCUAACUCCCGGCCGGCGGAUUCAGAGAUUGGAUACGCCACGGAAAGGGAAUUCACCGCAAGGUCGACCAGGACAAGACGUCGGUCUCAGAUCGAAGCGGCAGAAAUUUAUGAUUCAAGAACGAAAACGCACCGGAACGACACCGGAUGACACCGGCGUUGCAAGCGACAGUGAAGGUGAUGCGGAGAAUUUGCCGCACAACGGCUCUCGGUCGAAAACGGGGGACCCUGGCAAACUCAAGCUCAACAGCUCAAUGAUCCUACGCGGCGGAAAGCGGAAUUCAAUAUCCCUUCCGACAUCACCUCUCCAGAAGUCUCCGGCGCAGUCACCGGUUCGACGUCAACUCCUGCUCGAACACAUACAAUCACAUGACCGGCCUCCUUCGUUUCCCUUGCGCGACCGCAUCCAUGCUGUCCUCGACAUGCCUAUAACUUCAAGUACCAGUCGAGUCGCCAUCCUGACUCUCAAACUUAUAAGUACCUUACAGCCAUGUCUAUCGCAAGGCAUGAACGCGUUGAUCAUCUACCCAGUCAUGGCCGUUGCAUUGCUUGAAUUCUCCGUACCAGAUCUCCGCGUGUGGAAGGCUGGAUUGGCUGCUCUGUUACAUAUGGUUGUGCUGACUGUUGCAUGGAGGACUCAUAGGCUGUGUCUGGGCCCAAGUGGUGGCUGGGUGCUUUACGAGGGGGAAUGA